AUGGCUUCGGUUGUGGAUUGGCAGUUGGUGAAGGGCAGGUCGCUGGUUAUGUCGGCGGAGGAUGGGCUGUCGGUGGCUGAACUGGAUGUGGGGUUUGGUUUGGGUGCUGUCGGUGCAAUCGGUAGAGUUUGGGCUAUGAAGGAUGUAAGUCGGUCGGUGGAUGUAGGCAGUGAAAGGUUCUGUCGGUGGUUGCAGGCGGUCUGGGUUGGGCAAGCAUAG